CCGUCUGACAAAAUCUUUUCAACACAAAAAUGGCGGCUGCUCAGCAAAAUUUAUCAAAAAUGGUAUCGGCCCAAUUGCGCACUAAAGCAACAGAGUUCUUAAACUCUAGAAAACAUGCCAACAAUCUUGCUGAUAUUCUACAAAUGUUUGAGGCCGAAACGGAGAACUAUACACCCCUACUGCUUACAAUUGAAGUAAUAUUUACUGAGUUAUUAAAACGGGGCGAUCUGAUACAGGAAGUGGUGCCACUGAAGCUUAUAGAUUACAGUCCAGAAGCAGAGUACACAAGAUGGCUCGUAGAAUGCUAUGAAACGGCCCUCACACGCACACUGGAGUGUGUGAAACGUGGACGCACCAGUUCCCGUUUACAGGCACUUGUAACUGCAUGCAAGUUAAUGCAGGCCGAGGGGAAACACCCACUGGAAAGUUCACCCGGUUACUUCUUCCCAUCUGUAAGGCUAAAGAACAUAUUCACAGUACUGCUGGAUGCGGAUAUGUCAAUGACGGCGCCUAUAGCCCGUUUCCAGGAAUUCACAGAGUAUAGGGAUGUACAGCAAUAUGGACUUAAAGUCCUCUCCACAAUUGCUUAUAGAAAAUCACCUACCUCAGUAUACAUGCAGAACUAUCUAGAAUUACUAGACAAACUGUUAGCGUCAGAGAUUCCCAUUGAAAUUAAAAUCAAAUUCAAGGAUAGAGAUGAUGACGAGAAAGAAGAGAAACUGCUGUGUGGAUCUGAGAACAAGGCCCCGUUCCCGUACAACCCGGGCGUGUGCCGGCGGUACGCCAACCGGUGCUGGGGCUUCGCGUGCCAGUGGCCGCUGUGUGCGGAGCCGCGCACGCAGCGCCGCGCGCUCGUGCUGCUCGUGGAGCGCCUCAUGCCGCUGCUCACCAAGCCGCACCUCGCCACGGACAUGCUCUGCGACAGUCUCGACGCUGGGGGACCCAUAAGCAUGCUGGCAUUGCAAGGUGUGCUUGAGCUGGUGCGGCGUCACAACAUCGACUACCCCGAUAUGUACGACCGGCUGUACGCCAUGUUCGAGCCGGAGAUGUUCGCCACGCGGUACAAAAAGCGGCUACUGCACCUCGCAGACGUGUUUCUCAGUUCCACUCAUUUGCCGGAGAGCUUGGUGGCUGCGUUCGCGAAGCGUGUGUCGCGGCUGGCGCUGGUGGCGCCGCCCGAGGACGCGGUGGGUCUGCUGCAGCUGCUGGCCAACAUGCUGCAGCGGCACCCCGCACUCAAGCGCAUGAUCUGCACUGAGGACACACCUGCUAUCAUGUCCGGCGACCCGUACGUGAUGGACGAGACGAGCCCGGAGCGAGCGCGCGCGCUGGGGUCCUCGCUGUGGGAGCUGCGAGCGCUGCGACGACACGCCGCGCCGCCCGUCGCCGCCGCCGCCGCCGGGCUCGCCGCCGCCGCCGCCGGCCGCGCGCCGCUCGCAGACCUCGCGCCGCCCGACCAGGCCCUAUUUGAUGCCGAAUUGAAGAAACGCUUCAAAACAAUAGAAAUGAACUUCUCCCGGCCACUGGGUAUGACGGCACAAAACGGUGAACGCCUGCUGCAGUACUGGGACCUGAUGGCCUGAACGGUGUCACCCACGCCCACAGCAUGAGGUCGUAAUUUUUACAUCUUUUAUCAAUUUUACUACUCUCGAGUCUACCGUUAGCAGAUGCAUUUUUUAUUUUUAUAUAUUGGUAACACUGUUGAAAUGUCAGAAUUGUAAAUUAUUGAAUUGUUAUAGUUGCGAUCUCGUUUGGACUUCGGUAAAGUAUUAUAAAGUAUUUAUUUUGUCUAGAAUUCUGAAUACGAGAGUGUUCAGUACAGUCGCUUGAAAUUUUUAUUAAAUACCAGUAGGUACAGACUUUUUAGAUAGCGAAAUUUAUCCAUGAAUAAAACAAUAUGACUGAAUACAUGUCGAGGUUAAGCACCUAUUUUACCAGCAGACGUGACAAAACCAUGUCCGAUUAUAUAGUUUUAUUUUACAUUAGCUAUAUUAUUGUAUAAAAAAAACUUUGUAAGAUAUUAUUAGUUUAUUAGUAUAAAUUACUAUUAAAAAUAUUUUUGAUGUGUGACAUCUUACCUCUCGCUUUCUUGCAAUCUGUAGGAAUGAUUUCGUGAAAAGGACAAAAGCGACAGGAUACGCAUAUAUGAUUUGACCAAUGAACGUUCGCGGUUGUUUAGUUGGCCAAUAGCUAGCUGCCUUUACAC